UUAACGCACGGAAAGCGUUAAGUCCCGCCCUUGCGUUUCUAGUGGUCUAAACGAAGAGCCCAUGCGCUUACGACCCUCGUCUAUUGGUUCAAAUUCGACGUCGAUCAUCGCCAGUAUUAAUUAUGCAAAACAGAGCGCGAUUUCUAUUGGUCGUUCCGACUCGUCACUCGUUCGGUGACGUUCGGAUUCCAGGCCGCAGGCUGUGGUUUGUCGACGCGGCCGUCCGUCUGUUCACUUCACAACAGAGCUGAACGGAGGAAAAAAACUGCUAACUGGGUUACAGCUCCAUCAAAAACAACGAGCGUAUUCCUCCGCCAUUCAACAAAGAAGAAAUAAAUAGGACUGCAAGCAACUUGAGAUGUGGCCUGUGCCCGGUGCUUUCAAUCUACCAUGCGAGAACCCUUAUAAUAAAUAGAAAGACCCCAAUGAAUAAUGUUUAAAUGUUAUUAAUCUCAAUGUGCAUUACAAUCUUGUUCAAAUUAUAACGUCAAUCUCCUAUUAGACUACACAGAAGAUUUUAGUGAGCGCCAAUGAUGUCAGUGAACCUCUGCAGGAAUGUAUGUAUCGGCUGAAUGCGAGAAAAGUGUCGCAACAAAUGGGAUUUUAUUUGUAGGAAAACGUAACAGAAAAAAAAGAUAAUUGAACUGUAAAAUACAUUGAAACUAUAAUGCAAUGGAAACGUUAAACAGUUUAUUCCACGCGUGUCCUCCAGGUGGUGCUGCUGUGCGUUUGUUCUGUAUAGUGGUUGUCAAGAGCAGCUCCAUACACAAAGUGUCUGGAUUGACUUUUCACGUCACCUAUUCUGUUUACAAAAUUCAGUUACUUAGAGCAAUGGAUUCAUUCGUUUGUUCCACAUGUAAUAUGGCUUUCAGAUCAUCGCAUUUUCUUGCGAAGCAUAAGGAGAGAUUCUGUAUUGGGGAUGCUGAUCAUCAGACACAGGAGUCUGAUUUCACUCAAAACAUGGGUGAGAGGAUCAGAGAAUUGCGAAGGAAACAUCAGCAGGAAAGGCCUUAUAAAGGAGCCCAAAUGACCCAGCAGAACUUUGACACAAGAACUCAGCACCAGCUACGAAAACCCAACAGCGAACCAACAGCAGACAGAACAGAUCAACAAAUUCAAGACCUUUCUGAGAUUCCUAAGCGCCAGGCACCACAAUCGAGUGACAGCAAAAAACUGAACAAGCAAAGAAGAGAGAUUAAUCGACAGGAGCUCACAGUUCAAAACAGGAAAGUAGCUCAACUAGAGAAAAUGCUCUUAGAGCUGAAAGAGCAGGAGGAGAGGAACACCACACUACUGGAGUCCCUCAUAGAUCACCUACAGCACAAUCCCACUGAACCUAUGGCAGCUACCUCUAAAGGGCGAGACAGUCUCCAAAGCAGCAACCCACACCUGCUCAUACCUGAGACUAGAGAGGGAGUAACACAAACCUACAUACCUGUUUAUGGGGGUGGAGUCCUUUCCUCAGAAAUCAGCACUCUCCAUCUCUCCUAUCUCCAGAACGGCGGGACGGAUCCUCAGAUAUUGGCUCAGCUGCAGGACUUGUUAAAUGAAGCCCUCAAAGUGGAAAUACUGCCUGGGAAACAGCCUUUGCCCAAGACCUAUCACAAUGAGAGAACAAAACAUGGGCCAAAGCCAAAGGACAAUAAGAAAGAUUUCUUUAGAGAGCUCAUCUCCACUGAGAUCGAAAACCAGCGCUUGGAGGAGGAAAUCAUGAGACUGCAGUUAAGAAAGAGAAGAUCUGCAUUCACCAGAACAACUCCAAACUACCAACCUAGUGAACAGGAGAUGAGGAGUAUGAAGAUGGACAUUGACCUGUUAAAAAAUGAGAUUGAGAUUAAUCAUCUGAGGAAGCUGAUUAGGAGCAGGAAGGUGGAACCAACCCUAGUGACUUUUCCUCCUUUGGAGGAACCCAGAUCACAGACACCAUCCCACAACACAUACUCCAUGGAUGUAUCAGAAGGCUUAGGUCCUGCUCCCUAUGACCCAACGGCAGGUUUCGUGGUGUUUUAUGAUUUCCUCUUAGGCUUAUGUCCAUCAUACAGAGUGUGUCGCCUGAUGGUAGGGUUAUACAGCGGAGAGCAGUGUCUGGGGAGCCCUUCUGUGUUGCCCCCAGUCUACUGUGAGCCCUUCAUCUUAUCCACACACCCUCCUCGACACAAUCAAGGACAAAAAGCAGUCCUCGCCUCCAAGCAAGCAGUCCCAGAGGUCCAACCUGCCCCAUCGGUCUCUCUAGUGAUGCAGGUGCAGGCCUCAGGAGGAUAUGAUGUUUACGGACAGGAGGUUACCCAUCUAGCUCCACGGGGUUGGGUGAAGCUGGACAUCUUCGACCAUCAUAAUCGCAUCAUUAGUGGAAGAUGGAAAAUACCUGUUCGCAUCCUUCCAGCUAAACCCUCGAUGACAACGGCAGAAGUCAAUACUGUUCCACAGCUGGACAACACAGAACUGUACCUGAGGAUUGUGAACGCAAGAGAUGCAGAGAUUCAGAGCGCUGUUCCAAUCAGCAUUUACACUGCAGGGAUCUACAGAUAUGCUCCUGUGACAACUCCAAGGCACCGCUUCUCCAGGCAGUAUUCUCGUGAACCUGUCAGAACUCCAGCAGAUCAGAGUGCUCAGGUUUAUAUACCAGCCUUCACCCAGAGCCUGGACCCACCUUCAACAGGACUGUUUGAUAACCCUGAGUGACCAACAGGAACUUUUGUCUGCAAAUCAAAGAAAAGCACUUCUGCAUUGCGCUCAUCAUUUGUAAUAAACAAGAUCUUGUGUGCAGUAAUUACUGUAAAUUUAAUGACUUUUAAAGCAUGCAUUUUUUAAGACUCAAAAGUGACAAUAUGUAAGAUAUAAUCAAGUGAAAGCAAGGUUUCUACUUGUUA